AUGCAAUAUUUGGUCUUUUUUGAAGUUACAUAGUAUCUUUGUCAUCUGGAAUACCUCUAUUAAUUGUAGAAACAAUUUAGGGAUCUAAAAAGCAUUUUGAAUAUGAAGUACUCCAUUUUAAGUAUUGAUUUAGGUUUAUUUGGAUAAGGGAAGCCUGA